CAGGGGCAGGGUCUUUAACGUAUUGUACUGUGGAAAAGUUCUUGUCUGAAGUUCGCUGAGACAUUUUCUUUCGCAUCUUCUACUUGACAGGGAAAAUAGAAUGAGAUUUUACCACAUAAUAACUUUGACACUGGCGAUAAUAUGCCUUUUUGGGGACAGUGGGCUUGGAGCCCCCUCCAAAGGCAGGUAUAAGUGGGUGAAAUGCAGGCCUGGCAGUAAGAACGCAAACUGUGAAACACAGAUGGGCCCCUUGGUGCCACUGGCAGGGCUCAAAACUCGACUUCCACCUUCUGCAAUAAAAUACAUAGACCCAGUUUACACAGAGGAAGCCACUCCUGAGAUAGAGGAGCAGUCAGGAGAGGGUUCGGGUAACUCAGACACCUUUGGAAGUUUUCUCAAUGAUGAUCAGCAAUUGAUGAGAGAUGGUCCAGAACAGGAGGUUAACAAGAAUGAAGAGGAGGGCUCGACUGUUGGGGAAGAGGCCAGUGGAGACAUUGAUUACUCUAACUAUGUCUUCCCUGAGAAAACAGGUUUGCUUUCUCCAAAGGAUCUGAAAGAUGAAAGUAUGAUUCCAUAAAGAGCUGCUUUCCAUCCCAUGUUAUUUUCAUUUUUGUUUGACAGCACAAUGUGAAACAUGCAGGAUACUGCUUUUUUGGUUACAAAUAUAAUUUGAAAAUGUAUAUUCGUAAUUGUUGUAUUUUCUGCAAAAGUUGAUUGUAUUCCACUGUGUAUUGAAGGAUCUAUGGGAUUUUCCUGAAAUGAUUAAUGUAUACAUAAUAUAUAUAAUUUGAACUCCAAACUUUUAUAUUAUUAUUUUAUUUACUCUGAAUGUCUGGAGUGGGACCCAUGAUGGCAUCUGGCUUAACUAUUAAAACAAUCAUUUGAGUUUUUGGUAAUGGAAAUAUUGCUAUUAGAAGCAAUACAAAUGCGUUUUGAUAUUAAGAAGAGAAUUUUGUAAAACUCAAAUAUAUUUCAAAUUUUUGCCAACAUUGUAUUGUUUUUAUAAUGUUUUGGCCAUUGUAAAAAAUAACUUUUUAACUGUAUGCAGCAUUUAUCUCUCAUUGUCAAGCAAAAGGAGGAAUUAACUGUACAGUAUAAAGCAAACGCCUUAUGUUCUGCAGAUAAGAUGAGGUCAGCCAUUCAAGCUUCCUGUGUUACCAGAAGAGGGUUCUCACACUCAGGAUGAUUAUAUUUUGUGCGUUUCCUGACUCCUACAUCAUGACCUGUUUUUCAGCAUGUGUGGCAUAAAACUCUGUAAUUUUGAAUUUCUUUCCUAGGCUAGUCCGAAGGCAUACAGCUUACUGAAUUGGCAAAAUAGGUUAGCAAUUCACACAGCUGCAAAUGUCUGCAUGUUUACACAUGCAGUGUAAUUUGUCAUGUUAUCAUUAAACUUCAUUAUUUGUGA